AUGUCAGAAAUGUUUUCGAAAAGUUUCUGUGCAGCGAAAAUCUUUAAAUUUCAAAGUCACUCAGCACAAAGUGAACGAGUGCGGAAUGAAUUAAGUAAACAUGAUAAGAAAGUUCUUGAAUCAUCACGCUUAAUUAUGGGUAAGUCGAAACACCUACCUAGGAAGAAAAGUUUCAGCCAACAAGUGACAAAAGUGUUUCAGAAACUACUUCAACCUAAUCUCACUACAAAAAUAUUCACCACAGGAUACUUAAAGAACUAUAAAACUUGUAAUCUCCCAGCUUAA